AUGGCACCUACGUUGAAGGUAACUCCGAGCCCAUUGUCUAGUAAGGGACUGACGAUUGCGAAGAUGGAAGCAUGGUUCGAGAAGUAUCAUACUACUGCGGCGUUCUAUGGGUGGUCCAGUGAUGAGAUCUAUAAGUAUGUUCCAUUGUUUCUAGAAGAUUCGGUCUUGGGGGUAUAUGAUAGUAUGACGCCUGAAGAUAAGAAGGAUUCGAAUAAGAUCAAAGACCACUUGAUACAACGGCUAUUGACGAAGGAUGUAUUCGAGGACUUCCUGUCUUCAAUUCUAGUCUUGCUUCCUUCAGAGACUUUACUUGAAUACAGCUAUGAUCUUAAGCGGUUGGCAACGAGAAUGUUGACAGUUGAAGGUACUUCGGUAUCAGAUACUGUGAUUGAUGGUGUGGCUAAAGGUCAGUUUUUGAGGGGUAUACCUCAGGAGAUUGCCAGUAAACGGAGGGUACUGCAGUUGCCUACGUUAGAAGAAUGUGUUCUUCUGCCACUCUUGAAGAACACUACGGUUAUGGUAAAUAGUUCGGCUGCUGGUAUCCGAUCACAACAAGACCCGUAA